AUUCGACCAGGUCAUCUAAAUGAUGCAUCUGGAAGACCUCAGCUUUGUAUUUGAUUGCAGACCGAUCUGAGUGAAUUGCCUAAAACGGAAAUAAAACGUUGUUGGAAGCGGCAUCACCGAGAUGCUGAAGCAGCGGAAACAGCAGCCAUGGACGAAAACGGACAGAACAAGGCUAUCCGUCCCAAGAGGGUGUGUCAAGACUAAAGAAUGCCCAUUGUGAGCUUUGUAACCACUGGAUGAGGUCGAUAUAGACAAGAGAGGAAGACAAUCACCUCAUCCUCAUCCUCACUGUCUGCCUACAGACUGUCCUCGAUCAACGUCCUUACUAAAGUCCAGUCUCUGGCCAAUCCCUACUCCAUGGCUGUCGUCAUGACGCUGUGGAACUCCAAGGUCAUCAAGAUCAUUGCCGGGUUUUUAUUCAGCAUCCUCUUGCUCAAUGCGCUGAUCAGCAAUGGAGUCGACUACACGGCAACGCGACAUAUGACAAUUCAAAAUGAGACACUUGGAUUCGAACAUGUCUAUGCCAUUGGUCUCAAGGAGCGUACCGAUAAGCGCGAUUUCCUCGCUCUGGCGGCCUCGAUUGUCGGCUUCCAGGUUGACUGGUUAGACGGAGUGAAACCAGACGAAGUCCAUCCAAAGUCACUUCCUCAGGGAAUGAACAUGACUAUUAUUAAACCUACGGUUGCAGCCUGUUGGCGAGCUCAUAUGAAUGCUCUUCGCACAGUCGUGGAAAAACGGCACGCAACGGCCCUUAUUAUGGAAGACGAUGCGGACUGGGAUGUCUCGCUCAAACAGCAGCUUCGUGAAUUCGCCCGAGGACUCCGGACACUUUCGCCAACCAAGACCGCCUCGAAACAAGCCCCUUAUGGUACUGACUGGGACCUUCUCUGGGUUGGGGGAUGCUCAACGGCUGCCGGAGUCAAUGAGACCCAAUUCUACGCAAUUCCCAAUGAUCCUACGGUCCCAGGCAUGAACCGCCGAAGCUUCUGGGAAUCAACCCGGUAUGUCUAUCGCGCAGACACCGGAUGCUGCCUUUACGGGUACGCUGUGACCUACAAUGGGGCUCGGAAGAUCCUGGCCUCGUUGUCGGUUGACCACCUGGAAAUUCCCGUGGACAAUGCCCUGGGCGACAUGUGUGGAGGCAAGAAUCGCCCUCGGAUCCAAUGCUAUGCGCCACAUCCGAAUCUGAUUGCGACGCAUCGACGCGCGGGCUCUUCAUACAAGGACUCGGACAUUGAGACCUACGGACAGGACAACUGGCAUCCAGACGAGGCGUGGGAUCUGGUAUACAGUACGAAGCUCAACCUCCAUCGGCUGCUGGCAGGAAAUGAGACGGUGACGUCUCAGUGGCCAGACGAUCAUAAGCCAUGGUCACCGGCCGAGUUGAAGGUGAAGGAGUUUCAAUAUCCGCAGGGGUUUCAUGUUGCGUAUUCCGAUGAUGUUUAGUAGAGAGCCUGUAUGUUUCAUUUAGAUUUGUAGCUGCC